AAACCCCAUUAACUUUUAUUUUUUGUCAAAGCCACUGCUUGGAAUUUCAAACUUGGAGACCAUUCCAAUCUUCUUUCCCCUGUUUUUUGCUCUUUCUUCCUCUCCAAGUCGUGACCAUAUUUUCUUUUUAAUAUCAUUUUUUGCUCUCUUCUGAAAAGUCAGAGCUUUUCACGAGACAAAUCCCUUCUUCAUUCUAGAAAUCUCAAUUUCUCCUCUCUCUCAACUUCUGAAUUGAUUCUCACCAUAUUUCAUAUCCAAACACUUGGGAUUUUGGUCUUUGAAGAAACAACAUCAGAGAUCAGUCAGCUUUUGUCAAUCUUAGAUUCUUUCAAAAAUUCAAGUUCUGGGUUUUGGAUUUGGAGUUCAGAGAAUCAAGUUUCUUGCACAUUAUUUUGGUUUUUUUUUUUUUGAGUGUUUUGUUAUGGAAGGGUCACAAGGAAGUAGUUCUUCUAGUGCACCAGCGCCAUUUCUUUUAAAGACAUAUGAACUGGUGGAUGACCAAAUGACUGAUCCCAUUGUGUCUUGGAGUCCAAAUGGCUGCAGUUUUGUGGUGUGGAAUCCAACAGAAUUUGCCAAAGAUUUGCUUCCCAUGUAUUUCAAGCACAACAAUUUCUCCAGCUUUGUUAGGCAGCUUAAUACAUAUGGGUUUAGGAAGAUUGAUCCUGACCAGUGGGAGUUUGCAAAUGAAGAGUUUAUAAGAGGACAGAGACAUCUUUUGAGGAAUAUCCACCGGCGUAAACCGGUUCACAGCCAUUCCUCAAACAAUCAAGGACAGUCUGCAGUCCCUUUAACUGAUACAGAACGGCACGAAUACGAGAAGGAAAUCAAGGCGCUGAAACACGACAAGAACUCACUUCACUCGGAACUGCAAAGACAUGAAAGAGAGAGGCAGGAGUUCGAUCUUCAAAUACAGUUGCUACAUGAGCGGUUCCAGAACAUCGAACAUCGUCAGAAGCAGUUGACUGUCUACUUGGCUGAACUGGUGCAGAAACCGGGGCUUGCUUCUAUACUUUUGCAAGAGUCAGAAAUGCACAACAAGAAGAGAAGGUUGUUGAGCUCCAGCCACUUUUGUGAUGAGUCCAAUUUGGAGGAAAGCUGGGACUUAAAAUUGAAAAGGACAAGCAUUGAAAAACUAUCUUCAAACAUAUUGAAAAUGGACCACAUUGAGAAGCUGGAAGGUUCAGUAGAAUUCUGGGAAAGUUUUCUGUACGGAAUUGGAGACGAAUUUAUCGACAUGGGUGCGUUCUCGCAGGCCUCUCCUAUUGUUAUUACUGAAAUAGAAGAUGCCGAGAUGAAAUGUAGAUCUUCUUCACCCAUGUCACAUUUAUCUUCACCACACACAUUUGAUGUCCAUUCACCUCCAGAUGUGCCUUGCCCUGAUGCCAUAUUCUUCGCUUGUCUUCACAAUGAUGUCGCACCAAAAUCUUCGGUGAUCGACAUGAACUCGAGCCCUACCGGCGCUCCUGAAGCCAAGGCCUCUAAGGAACAGGAUGUCGGAUUAAAAGUGGUGGUACCUGCUAAGGUGAAUGAUCUCUUUUGGGAACAAUGCUUGACAGAAACCCCUGGCUCAUCUGACAUGAACAAUGAGGACAAAGUGAGUAGUGAUGGAAAAACGGGACUUCACAGAAAAGAUUGGUGGAACAUGAAUAAUGUAGAUAAUCUCACAACACAAAUGGGGCAUCUCACUCCUGCUAUGUAGUAAUAUAGGUUGAUAUUCCUCUCAACAUUUUUGGUGUUUUUGAGGCUGGUGAUUGUUGUAUACUAAUAUAACUUAGAAUAUAAUUUAGAGAACGAUGAAGAUGAUGCUUUAGUUAGUCAUGUAGGUUUUUGGUACAUUAUAUUUUUGGUCUUGAGUAAGGUGGGUAUAUGAUGUAGAACAAGACUUUGGAUAUUGCUCAUUUGUUUUCUGUAAGUAUAUGACGCUAGGUAGCGUAAGGUUUUA